UUUAAACAGUAGAUAAUCCAUCAUCAUCUGAGAAACGAUGUGAUCAAAAUUACGUUGGCAAAAAUUGAAUAAGAAAAAUAAAUGAAAAUAGAUGGUUGGAUAAAAAUGAGAAAUUAGUAGGAUAUUUUAGUUGAGAAAAUGAAGGGUCUAGCAGAAAGCAGGAUCCCUUGCAAAAAUGGCUGCUCUCAUAUCUUGUCUCCCAGGGCCAGCAUCAACAACUCAUCCAGCGUCACUCAAAAAAUCAUUGAAAACCAAAACUUUCUUCACCACUUGUUCUCCACCGUUUUCCAAUCGAGGAAUCGUAAAGGUAAGGAAUUCGUACCGGAUGAGCAGCCGCGGCAUCACCCACGACGACGAAGAAAUCUGCAGCUUCGACGAGGCAGUCUCGCUUUUCAACACAAGGGAUUACUACAAAUGCCACGACGUUCUCGAAGCUUUGUGGAAUAAUUCCCAAGACCCCACACGCACUCUCCUCCACGGCAUCCUGCAAUGCGCCGUCGGCUUCCACCACCUCUUCAACCAUAAUCACAAGGGAGCAAUGAUGGAGCUGGGCGAAGGUCUCUGCAAGUUGAGAAAAAUGAACUUCCAAAACGGGCCAUUUCAUCAAUUUGAGAGAGACAUUUCCGCAGUUCUGGAAUUCAUUUACCAAACGCAGCUAGAACAAGCUGCCUGUCAGUAUCUCUCUCUCUCUCUCUCUUUUCUUCCAAUUUUUGUAAUUUCGUUCAUCCAUUUUAAAAAUCCUAGCAGGCACCGAACAAGUCUGUGUUGCAAUGGAUCAAUCAGAGAGGUCGUACCAGCUUCUCGGGGGCUAUGCCGCCGGAGAGCGUCUCUACCACCUAGAAAUCGACCGGAGUUGGAACGCCUACAUCGUUUUCUUACCGGAAAAGUAUCGCCAAACAGCAGCAGCACCGCCGAGUAUAAAGAUACCACUGCUUGAGGCUUCCGAACAGCAUGUGAUGGAAUUGGACCUACCAUAUUAGGCUAAGUCUCCCUUUUGCAAGUUGAUCAUUCAUUACAAAAAAACGUUGAUUCUUAAACGAGCUGAAUUUUACUUUUCCAUCACAAAUUGACAACGGGACAUAUGAAAAUUCUACUGAGAGACUAGUACUACGAGUUUAUAAUCGUUUCAUAUAACAAGGAAAAAAAAGAAUGCUAGUGCUGCUCAGUUUAUGCAGUCGGAGAAGCUGUCUCUUCCCUUAUGGUGCCGGCCUCCACGGUUGUUCAUGUCCAGUUACGCAAAGAUGUUCCUGAAAAAUUAAUCAACGCUUAGUCUCGUCUAAAUUCUGUGCUAUAAAGAGUGAACCAAAUCUAGAUAGGUAUGGAAAUAUGUAUCAAUCUGUAAAUUAUGUAUAUUUUACUCUGCAUUGUUAUAGAAUGUCACAAUUUGAGAUGACUAAA